CUCUUUUGUUCCAGUAUUUCAUAUCUGACAUAUCCCCAGCAGCAGGCCCUCAGAGUUCAUUUCAUACUUGAAUUGCAAUGGACCUUCGUCCCGGGGUUUGUGCAAGUGUGUGUGUGUGUGUGUGUGUGCGCGCGCUCAGCAAUGGGGAACAAGCAGACCAUCUUUACAGCACAGCAGCUUGACGCCUAUCAGGACUGCACAUUCUUCACCAGGAAGGAGAUUCUAAGGCUAUUCUAUCGCUAUCGGGAUUUGGCACCACAACUUGUUCCUCUUGACUACACCAAUAACCCAGAUGUGAAGCUACCCUAUGAGCUGAUUGGCAGUAUGCCAGAACUGAAGGACAACCCUUUCCGUCAGAGAAUCGCUGAGGUUUUCUCUGAAGAUGGAGAGGGAAACAUGACACUAGAUGACUUCCUAGACAUGUUCUCUGUGCUGAGCGAGAUGGCUCCACGAGAUCUGAAGGCCUACUAUGCAUUCAGAAUCUAUGACUUCAACAAUGACGACUUCAUCUGCAAAUCAGACCUGGAGAAGACGCUGAACAAACUGACGCGUAACGAGCUGACGGAGGACGAGGUGAGGAUGGUCUGCGACAAGGUCAUCAACGAGACCGACCUGGACAACGAUGGGCGUCUGUCCCUUGAGGAUUUCCAGCACAUGAUCGUUCGAGCUCCAGACUUUCUCAGUACCUUCCAUAUAAGGAUAUGAAAAGCUGCUGCGGCGAUGCUGUAACAGCUCACUUCCAGUGCGAUUAAUGAUGCUGAGAAGAAUUUUCAAUGACUUUCCAAUCCAUCUGCAUCAGCAGAGGACCUGUUUCUACCAAAAGAUCAGGUUAUGGAUCUGGGUUUUCGGACAUGUCACAUCUCCUUUAGAAUGGAGUUAUUUACCAUAGUUAGUAGUAUGUUGACAUUCUUACGUGUGAUACUUUUCAUAGUUUUGAUAGAUCCAUUGUCACAUUUCUUUGUUGAGCUGAUACAGACUUAGCACCUGAUCAAUUACAUAGACAGAGUUCUGGCUUCACUUCAGGAGAAGGAUCAUUCUCUGUAACUAUCAAGAGUGUGUGCACAUUCUGGUCUGUGGGGCUCAGUUACAUGAUCUUAUAAGAAUCUGACAGUGUUCUCAAAGGGCAAGGAAAGGAAAAGAACGUGUAGUGAAAGCAGUCAGCCACGCUCAGGUCAACUGAUGAGUUUGGCCAUAGACAUUUAGUCAUUUAGCAGACACUCUUAUCCAGAGCGACUUACAGUAAGUACAAGGACAUUC